AUGAGGGGUACCUCGCGCCUCGCCUUUUUCGGAUGGUUGGUGCAGACAUUUCCCUGCGUCAGUUCAUUCCGGGAAGAUGCCAUCGCCCGUCGCAGUGAGGGCUUCUCCUGGCAGCAUCUGCACAUCAUAGCGAAGGCUGACGGAGACGACGACUGGUGGUACCCGAGUCGCCAGGUGCCGAAGCCGCAGAACCCUGACUGCGACAGCGCUGUAGACUUGCUCAAAAACAUGGUGGAUGCCGACAGGCACUUCGAGAUUGUUCUUGGAGCCGUCUUGUUCAUUGCUGUGUUGGCCGCUUUGGGUUCGAGCUGCUUCCUGAUCGGUGGCAAGGUGAAGCCACGACCUCCCGGUUACUGGACGAGCAGGAGUUGGAAUCCUUUCCAUGACGACUUUCGAGCAGAGGUGGAUGUCACCAUGGAGCUUCGUGACACAGUGCAGCAGCUCUUCGACAUGACCACUCGGAAGGAGGCUAUGGGCAUCGGACGCGAUGGCUCCUGGGCCACACACAAAUCCUUUCGUGUCCUGCAGGUGACGAGGGUGGAGAACGGGAAGCUGUGGACGGACUAUGUGCGCUUCCGGCGCAACAUCAGCCGAACUCAGGCCACCAUCAGGCGAAUGGAAAAGGAAGGCGCUCCUUGUCGCGCCGAGCUGAAGCGCACACAGGAGGCGCUGCAGGCCAUCGAGAGUGUUCACGAGCACCGAAAUGGCGCCGCCUCGGUGAAAGACUUUAUCAAGUCCUUGCACUUGGACACCGGGCGCAACGAGAGGUUAAUGUUCCACGGAAGCCCUGGCAUCGGUGCCAGGCAUCCGGCGACAGGGCAGGUUCUGUUUCCCACCCAGGAGACCUCGCCGGUAUAUGCCAUAAAGAGUGCUGGCUUCGAUGACAGGCUCGGCAGCGUGAAGGGCAUGUAUGGCUCAGGGACGUACUUCGCGGACAUGGCCAGCAAGGCCGACCAGUACGCCGGGCAGUACAACCAGCCAGGCUAUGGCAGCAUCGGCGAACGCGCCACGAUAUUCCUGUCACGUGUCACACUGGGAUGUCCGUACAAGACGAACCAGUCACUGGAGCAGCUCCGGCGGCCGCCUUGCGUGCAAGGCCACUUCGACCUGAACUUGUUCUGGAACGACGAGGUUCACAUCGGUCGACCUUGGCGGGAGAAAGGGGUGCCACUGUGCAUUUGCAGCCACGAACGCUUUGACUCUGUGAUGGGCGACUUCUGCAUUGACGGCCAGAUGAAGCAGUACCGCGAGUUCGUCGUGUACGAGAAGCAAUGCUAUCCAGAGUUCUGCGUCACCUACGAGCGAAUGCCCUGA